GCCUAGGGGGCGGGGCCGCGCCCGUUCCACCCCGGAAGCGGAAGUGCGGGGACCGCGGGGUCCUGUCCAGUGUGCGCUUGGCUCGUGCGCCAGCCGUUCCUCCCGCCGGUCACAUCGUGCCCUCUCUUCUUCCCGUGUCCCCUCGCCGGCCCCGCCAUGCUGUCUCUAGAUUUUUUGGACGAUGUGCGGCGGAUGAACAAGCGGCAGCUCUAUUAUCAAGUCCUAAAUUUUGGAAUGAUUGUCUCCUCAGCACUAAUGAUCUGGAAGGGGUUAAUGGUCAUAACUGGAAGCGAAAGUCCGAUUGUAGUGGUGCUCAGUGGCAGCAUGGAACCUGCAUUUCAUAGAGGAGAUCUUCUCUUUCUAACAAAUCGAGUUGAAGAUCCCAUACGAGUGGGAGAAAUUGUUGUUUUUAGGAUAGAAGGAAGAGAGAUUCCUAUAGUUCACCGAGUCUUGAAGAUUCAUGAAAAGCAAAAUGGACAUAUCAAGUUUUUAACCAAAGGAGAUAAUAAUGCGGUUGAUGAUCGAGGCCUCUAUAAACAAGGACAACAUUGGUUAGAGAAAAAAGAUGUCGUGGGAAGAGCAAGGGGAUUUGUUCCUUACAUUGGGAUUGUGACGAUCCUCAUGAAUGACUAUCCUAAAUUUAAGUACGCUGUGCUCUUUUUGCUGGGUUUAUUUGUGCUGGUCCAUCGUGAGUAAGAAGUCUGCCUUGCUGUCCUGGAAGAUGCUGUACUCUCUGUUCCUGAGUGUUGGGAGUAGCUGCCGAUCUGCGGUUGGUGGAGUGGAGAGCACAUCGGCGCUUCCUGGCUGCGCUGGUUUGCAUUCGUUUAUGUUUCCAUGCGAGUGCGUGUGGGCGGGUGUGCGCACCACCGCGUGCACUCGAGGGGACUUUCCGUCACAGAUUUUCACAUGUUGUCACUGUCACACUUCGCAUUUUUGUACAUCAGUGAAUUUUUUAUAUUAAAAGGUUGAGCCAAAGCCCCCAGUGUUUGUAUUUUGAAGCCAAGCUUCACUUCUAAAGUGCCUACAGAAUUCUGUAAAUGAAAAUACAGCUCUGCCCGAGUUUGAAACUGCCAUCCCUCCUUCUAAUGGGAAUGGCAUAUACUGAGGUGGUCGUAGUCUUUAACUUUUCAAAAUUUUAAAUAAAAGACUUUGCAUAUCGAAA